AUGAAAUCAUUUGAUUCAUUUUAUUUAUUCCCACUUUGUAUGGGUAAAGAUAGAAAUAAUGAAGAUAAUAAAAAAUCACCAUAUUUUGUAUCACCAAAAAAAUCUCAAACAUUAAAUUGUAUUUAUGAUGAAAGAUCUCCUACUAAUGAAAUAAUAACAACACAAUCUGAAAAUAUUUAUAAUAACAAUUCUAAUAUUCCAAUUAACAUUACUAAUUCUAAAUCAUUAACAAAUUUAAAUAAUUAUUUAAAAUAUAAAAAUGAACCUGUACUAACAAUUGUUAAAUUUAAUUCUAAAAUGUUAUGCAAAUCUUCAUCAACUACUGAUAAAUCUUUAAAAAAUUAUAAUGAUAUUAUUUACAAAUCACAUUCACCUUCCCGAAUUUCAAAUUAUUAUCGUUUACCAACAUAUAAAUCUAUUAAUAAUUUUAUUUCUGAGGUUGAUGUAAACCUAAUGCUGCAACUUACGACAGAAGAAAACGCAGCACUAGAGGAACGUGAAUGUGACUCGAUUUCACCUUUACCUAAGAUAAAACAUAAACGAUUAUCUUAUCGGCAUCGUAAAGGUACUUCAUCAUUAGAAUUACCUAUAACACCAUCUACAUCAAAUAUAUCUUUAAAAGUACCUAUUUCAUCAUCUCAUGAUGAUAUACGAAAAUACCCACAAUCAUUAUCAUCAACUGCUUCUGUAUCACCAGCAGUUUCAAGAUCCGCUUCAAUAAGAAGAGUUUCUAAAUUUGGUUCAGUAUUAAGUCUUACCGUUCCUAAAGCAUUUUCGGACUUUAAACGUAAAAGUAUAUCAGAGAUAAGUUUAGUAUUUGAUGUAUUAAAAGGAAAUGCAUCUAUUAAAGAAUCAACUAAUUUUGAUGAAAUAUUACAUCCAGAAAGAGUUUGUAAUAGUACGGGUGAUCUUAGUAAUUCACGUAAAAAAGGUCGUAAAUUGAAAAGAUGGGAAAGUUAUACAAUUAAUCAUAUGCAGAAACAAAUGGUGAUUGUUCAAGAAGAAAAAGCAAUGCAUUUAGCACCAACUGAACCUAUAGAUGCUUCUAAAUUUGUUGCUUAUGUUACAGAAAGAAGAAAAAAACGAAUAUUAUUUAAAGGAGAAUAUUUGAUGAUAAUGAGAUCAUUAAAAGCUGAUAAAUGUAAAGUAGAUGUUGCUAGCUCAAUGCCUUCAGAUCGCAAUCCAUAUCCAGAUACAUUACCAUAUGAUAAUAAUAGAGUUAUAUUAAAAACACUUCCUAAUGAUGAAAAUUCACAUUACUGUAAUGCAAGUUAUGUUAAUAGUUGGGUACGUGAAAAAGCAUAUGUAGUAACACAAGCUGUUAAAACAAAAUCAGCAUCAGCUGAAUUUUGGAGACUUGUAUGGGAAUUAGGCUCAAAUUGCAUUGUUAUGUUGACAAAGGUUUUUGAUUUCAUGCGGGUUAUGUGUCUUCAAUAUUGGCCAGUUGACAAAUUUAAAUUUGGUCAAAUUGAAGUUGAAACACUAGAGACAAAAACAUAUGCUCAUUUUGUAAUUCGAACAUUUCGUCUUCGUACAUUUGAUGAACGUAGUGGUGAAGAAAUUAGAAUUGUCAAGCAUUUCCACUUUACAGAAUGGGAAUUAGAUUCAUUUCCAUACAUAUCAGCUUUCAUUGAAUUGAGGCGACGUGUACGCCAAUUUGUUGAUAAAAAUAAAGUUGAUGCACCAAUUAUAGUGCAUUGCAGGUAA